AUGGGCAAGAUCAUCUUCUACGAGGAGAACUUUCAGGGUCGCUCUUAUGAGUGCAACAGCGACUGCUCCGACAUGUCUACCUACCUCAGCCGCUGCAACUCCUGCAAGGUGGAGAGCGGCUGCUUUGUGGUCUAUGACCGUUCCAACUACAUGGGGAACCAGUUCUUCAUGAGGAGAGGCGAGUACGCUGAUUAUAUGCGCAUGGGAAUUACUGACGGCAUCAGGUCCUGCCGCAUGGUUCCUCAGUAUAGAGGACCCUACAGAAUGAAGAUCUACGAGAGGGAGAACUUUGGAGGUCAGAUGCACGAGCUCACUGAUGACUGCGACUCCGUCACGGACCGCUACCGCAUGUCCGACUGCCAAUCCAGUCACGUGAUGGAGGGUCACUGGCUCAUGUAUGAGCAGCCCCACUACAGAGGCAGAAUGAUUUACUUCCGGCCUGGAGAGUACAGGAGCUUUAGGGAUAUGGGAUACAGCAACGUAAGAUUCAGCUCUUUUAGAAGAAUCAUGGACUUUGAUGAACAAUUUACUCAAGAUAGCGAUGGAGAUGUCCACAUGAUGACCUACAAUCGAGAAAAGUCACAUCUGGCAGAGAUCCAGGUGCAAACCAUUCUGUUUGCUGCUUUUCAGAUAAUAUUCUAUGAGGAAAGAAACUUCCAGGGUCGUAGCCAUGAGAUCACUGGUGACUGCCCUGAGGUGACCUCAUAUCUGAGCCACUGUUGCUCCUGUAGGGUGGAAAGCGGCUGUUUUAUGGUUUAUGAGCACUCAAACUUCAUGGGUCAACAAAUGCUGGUCAGAAGAGGACAGUAUCCCGAUAACAAGCAGAUCAUGAGUGCUGACAUAAGUGACUGCAUCAGUUCCUGCAAAAUGAUUACAAUGCAUAAAGGAACAUUCCGACUGAGAAUAUUUGAAAAGGAGAAUUUUGUUGGACAGAAGUACGAGCUGAUGGAUGACUGUGAAUCCAUCCAGGAACGCUUCAGCAUGUCCGGAUGCCAGUCCUGCGAUGUCACACACGGGCACUGGCUUAUGUAUGAACUGCCACAUUUUGAAGGCAGAAUGAUAUACCUCAGGCCAGGGGAGUACAAUAGCUUUGGGGAUAUGGGUGUGGGGCCACUGGAAAUUACUUCAAUCAGACGCAUUAUGGAGUCCUGUUAA